CAGAUGCCGGAAGGGUUGGUGGUGAUACAUGAGUGGGGACGGCGAGAGAAUUAAAGGAUGCCCGGGGAGGGAGCCCGGGGAUUUGUUUCGGUCUGGGCGCGUUGUAAAGAUCUGUGCCCCGAUGGUGCGCUAUUCGAAGUUGGCUUUCAGAACCUUGGUUAGAAAAUACAGCUGCGACUUGUGUUAUACACCAAUGAUAGUGGCAGCUGAUUUUGUGAGAUCUGCAAAAGCAAGAGACAGCGAAUUCACAACAAAUAAAGGUGAUAAUCCGUUGAUUGUUCAGUUUGCUGCUAAAGAGGCGCAGGUUUUAUGUGAUGCUGCCCGUAUCGUCUGUCCUUUCGCAGAUGGAAUAGACUUAAACUGUGGCUGUCCUCAGAGAUGGGCAAUGGCAGAAGGUUAUGGUGCUUGCUUGAUAAAUAAACCAGAGCUAGUUCAAGAUAUGGUGAGACAUGUGCGGAAUCAGAUCGACAAUCCUAGAUUUUCGGUAUCUAUUAAAAUAAGGAUACAUGAAGACUUAAAAAGAACAGUUGACCUGUGUCAAAAAGCUGAAGCAACUGGAGUUUCAUGGAUUACAGUACAUGGGAGAAACGUAGAAGAAAGACAUCAGCCUGUACAUUAUGAUGCAAUUAAAGUAAUUAAAGAAAGCCUGUCUAUACCUAUUGUGGCUAAUGGAGACAUUAAAACUUUAAAAGAUGCUGAAAAUGUUCAUCACCUGACAGGAGCAGAUGGCCGCCGGGGGACGAUGACUUUCCAGUGGACGGCAGUUGCCACUUUCCUGUACGGCGAGGUAGUAGUGAUCCUCGUGCUCUGCCUGCCGUUUAUUUCUCCCUUGAGAUGGCAGAAGAUUUUUAUGAUUCCUCUAUGGAGCAAAAUAGCCAUUUUUUGGAACAAGAUGUUCCUUACAAUAAUAGUUUUACUGAUCAUCUUGUUUCUUGAUGCUAUUAGAGAAGUUAGAAAGUACUCGGCCAUUCAGGUGACUGAAAAGGUUGCAAAUGUCAAUACCAAUGCCAUUGAUCAUAUUCAUAUGAAACUCUUCCGAUCACAAAGAAACCUCUAUAUCUCAGGUUUUUCCUUAUUUCUGUGGCUUGUAUUGAGACGUACUAUUACCCUUCUUACUCAGUUGGCAAAAAGCAUGGCAUCUCAUGCGGCUCUGGAAACGCAAGUAAACGACGCUACUGAAGCAGCCAAAAAAUACGUGGCUGAGAAUGAAAGGCUGCAGGAGGCCUUGAAUGAACGAGGAAGCAGUGGAAAUAAAGAGUCAGCAAAAGUAAUUAAUGAGAAAUUGAAGAAGGAAAUUGAACACUUGAAAUCAGAGUUACAGAAGACAUCAAAUGCUCUUUUCAAGGCAAAUAAUGAAGUGACAGCUGUUAAAAAGCAGUCUGAAGGCCUCAAAAAAGAAUAUGACCGUCUGAUGAAAGAAUAUGAACGGCUUCAGGACAGUUCAAGCGAAGCAGAAGACAAGAAAGACCUGUAAGUGUGUCUAAGGUGGAUGGAUGGCAUUGGUACAAUUGCUUCAGUGUGAAAAGCCUCUCACUAUUUAGGCUCCUGAUGCGUAUCUGAAACAAAACUUGAUUUUUCUGAAAAGCACAUGCACUGCAGGUCACAAUUCAGAUUCCGCUAAUAUAUCUUGGUUGCCAAUAUAUUCUGUGUUUGAAAUAAAAACGUUAAGUGGCUUACCAGAUUUCCCCUGGAGUUUGUCACUGCUCUUGCGAGAAAAAACAUGAUAAUCUUUCAAUUCCAUCUGGAGCAACUGGUCUCCAAGCUCUCACCUUUCAAAAUGGUAAAAGAUUGUGCACCAUUUGCUUGUAGAAUUCGAGUGAGAUUGUAUAUCAUGCUAAACCUUAAAAACACAGUUACCUAAAAAAGAAAAAGUCUCUUGUGACACCUAUUUGGAGUCUUCAAAAAUUCAUUUAGCAGUGGGUUGUACAAGCUUUUCAUCAAUCCUUCCACUUCAGUGGAAAACUGAAUGACAAUCAAUCUAAAGAAAAUAACUAAAUAAAACUGUAUUUCUAAAUCCGUCUCACUAGCUUGUGACUUCCACUUAGCCACAUGGAUGAAUGUAUUUUAACAAAUAAUAUUUUGCAUGCCUCUGGCUUCUUUUUCUUUAAUAUACUGGAUUCUGCCAGUUUUCAUAACCUAUUUUUUUAAUUGGUUGUUAUUAACAUUCUGAACUUUUACACUGUUUACAUCCAUUUACACAGUACAUGCCACCUAACUGCUUUUGCCUUGCUAGGUAAACAUUGUUUUAUUUUUUUGUGGAUACAAUACCUCGAAUAAAUGUGCACUGUUUUGCAUAAGCUCUUCUUGGCAUUCUGACAGUUGUUUUGAGUUUUUUUUUUUGUUAGUUGGUUCCAAUUUGUAUUUGAAAGUUGGAUAUGUUUCUUAUAUUAAAGGGAUUGUUUAAGUUCA